AUGCCUCCGUCACAAAGAUUUGCUCAAUUCAAGUUGGUGUUGCUUGGUGAGAGUGCCGUGGGCAAGUCUUCUGUUGUUCAUCGGUUCGUCAAAAACACCUUUGAUAACAUGAGAGAAUCUACCAUUGGCGCAGCAUUUUUGACCCAAUCCGUGACACUUCCAGAGAUAAAUGCUACGGUCAAAUUCGAAAUAUGGGACACCGCAGGCCAGGAACGUUACAAGUCCUUGGCACCCAUGUAUUACCGCAAUGCCCAUGCGGCGUUGUGUGUUUACGACAUCACCAAUAGCUCAUCUUUCCAAAAAGCACAGAAUUGGAUCAAGGAGUUGAAGAAGCAGGCACCAGAAGGCAUAGUGAUUUGUCUUGUUGGAAAUAAAGCUGACUUGGAAGACGAAAGACAGGUGGAUGCCAACGCUGUCACUGCAUAUGUUGAAGAGUUGAGGGGAGAAGGGAUCCAGGUGUUCACGGAAGAGUGUUCGGCAAAGAGCGGCGAGGGCGUAUUGGAAAUAUUCACCAACGUGGCCAAAGCUUUACCGGUGGAAGAGACGAUUAACGGUGCAUCGAAGCCGUCUGCGGGCCGACAGUCGGGCGUGGAGUUGAACCGCCGCCCACAGCAGCAGGGCUGCUGCUAG